UGGUCGAAGAAAAUGUUUCAAGUAAUCCGGACUUAGAGUAAGAGUGGUCACUCUGUUCACAUUGGUGUACCUAUAUUAUUUUCCUGACGAUACACGCAAUUAACGUGUAAAUCAAUAUUGCUUUAACGAAUAGCAUGUUGAUGUCACGACUAACAUUUAGAAGACGAAGUUUCAACUUUUAACUGAAUGAAUUUAGGAAUGUUUGGCUCAGCAUUUGGUAGCACUUCAAGCUCGAUAGGUGGUAAAAUGCCUUUAUCACUGGGUCUUGGUACAAUGCAAAACCCAAUGAAAGAUGUCGAAGUUCCCUCCCCCCCGGACGACAGCGUGAGUAGAAUUAGGUUCAGUCCAAAAGCUAGUUUUUUCGUGGCAUCAUCCUGGGCGAAUGAUAUUCGAUGUUGGGAAGUAACCAGCAAUGCUAGUGUACCAAAGGCACAACAGACUCAUCAAAUGCCAAUCUUGGACUGUUGUUGGCAUGAUGAUGGCAGCAAAGUUUUUACAGCAAGUGUGGAUAAAACAUGCAAGAUGUGGGAUUUAGGUAGCAAUCAAUGUAAUGUAGUUGCACAGCAUGAUCAGCCAAUAAAAACAGUUAAUUUUGUCCAAGCACCAAGCUAUUCGUGCAUAGUAACAGGAAGUUGGGACAAAACUUUAAAGUUUUGGGAUAUGAGACAGUCAACACCUGUUGCCACAUUUAAACUACCCGAAAGAUGCUAUUGUGCUGACAUAGUUUAUCCAAUGGCCGUCGUUGGUACAGCCCAGAGAGGAAUCAUAGUGUAUUCAUUGGAAAGUCAACCUAGGCAAUUUAAGAAAAUCGACUCUCCCCUUAACUAUCAGCACCGAUGUGUGACAAUCUUCAAAGACAAAAACCAACAGCCUACAGGAUUUGCCUUGGGGUCGGUCGAAGGACGAGUGGCCAUUCAUUACAUCAAUCCAACAACACCAAAAGAUAAUUUUACUUUCAAAUGCCAUCGAAGCACCACUUCAAGCGCAAACAACGUACAAGAUAUUUAUGCAGUCAAUGAUAUUUCAUUUCAUCCUCAAUUUGGAACUUUCGCGACAGUCGGCUCCGAUGGAAAAUUCAGCUUCUGGGACAAGGACGCACGAACGAAGCUGAAGACGUCCGAUCCUGCGGCCAGCUUACCCAUAUCAACGUGUUCCUUCGACUCAACUGGGUCUAUUUUCGCUUAUUCUACCGGCUACGAUUGGUCGAAGGGACAUGAAUACUUCAAUCCGUCAGUGAAACCGAUGAUUUUACUGCGCAGUUGCAUGGAAGAGCUGAGACCCAAAGGAAAGAAGUAAAGUCCAGUCAUUUUGCACAUGUCCGCCCACUCUUUCAUGACGAAAAGAUGAAGAAAAUAAGCGAUUAAGUUUUCACAGUUUCACCGAAUAACAUUUGACCUUAACAGCUUUUUGAAAGCUUUAUUGACUGUCGUAGCAAAGCCUUGUGAAAGAUAAUGUGGCGAAAAUAAAUAUUUCCUGAAACGAAGAAUAGCGUGAAAAUGUAUUUUUCAGCAUUUAACGAUACAAAGAACGGAAAGAAAAUGCUUAGCAUACAUCUGGGUCAUCGUCAUCAUCCCGUAAUCCCAUUUUUCGCAACGAAACGGAGAUUUCCGCAAUGAAACGGAGUUUUUACAGUUCUUUCCAUUAGAAAUUGACCAUUAGCGAAAAUACACUUAUAUACAUAUUAUACAAAUAGCAUUGUCUAUUCGAUAGAACUUUCAAGUGUAUUAAAAAUGCGGUUACAUUUUCUUUGAGAUGUGAAA